CGAUAUUUUCAACAAACGCUUUACUUGUGAAAGUCUUCAAAUUAUUUUGAUUUAAAGCUGAUGCCCUAACCGCUUCAGAUAUGUAUUCGUUCUAAAUAUCUUUCCCAUGAUUGGUGGCAUUAGGAAUCGGGCUUCCAUGAAGAAGCAUCAAAAACAUCAACCCAAGCAUGUUGACCCGAUGAAAACCGAUUCAAAACGGAAAGAAAGAGAAAGACAUUACUGUUGUGUAAGCAACAGAGAAGUACUGUCAAAACGUGAUUAUGUGGUGUUGAAAACUCUAGGUUAUGGUAGCUUCUCGAUUGUGAAAUUGGCUCGCCACCAAUGCAAGAAACCUGAUUUAGUGGCCGUUAAAAUUAUCAGCCUUUCAAAAGUUCCAGUCACUUACCAAAAACAUUUCCUGUCGAGGGAACUGGAAUUCUGGCCUAGACUGGAUCAUCCACAUAUUGUCAAGUUUUGUGAAACUUUCGAAGAAUUAGAACGAGUCUAUAUCGUCCUGGAGUAUGUUUGCAAUGGAGAUAUGAUGUCUUACCUCCAGAAAUUUGGAGCUCUUUCUGAGGCAAAGAGUAAAAAAUAUAUUAGCCAGGUGUGUAAAGCUGUUGAUUACUUACACAGCCAAAAUAUUACUCACCGUGAUUUGAAGCUUGAGAACCUACUUUUAGAUCAAAACUACAACAUCAAAAUCACUGAUUUCGGUUUCGUAACAAGUAAUAAAAAAUGUGAAUUAAGUCAAACAUACUGCGGGACUAAAUCCUAUGCUUCGCCAGAGAUACUUCGCGGCGAACCAUAUGAUCCACGUAAAGCGGAUACAUGGGCAAUCGGCGUAAUACUUUAUAUAAUGGGUACCAGCCGGAUGCCGUUUGAUGAAAGUAGAGGAAUAAAACGAAUAAUUGAAGACCAAAAACGGCUUAAUUUGUCAUGGGGUAAGACCCAUAAGAUCAGCCGGGAUUGUCGACACCUGCUCAAGCGUUUAUUCACAUACGCCUAUAUGAGCCGACCAUCGGUGCAUGACAUUCUGUUAAAUAAAUGGUUUCAUUCUGAAACCAACAGGGAAAAACAUGUUGAAUAUAAAGAGCGUAGAGAAAUUAAGGAGAAAGCAGAGGAAUUUGAUACUAUCGAUGGAGUGAAAAAGACUAAAGAGAAAAGCUCAGCCCCAAAUGACUCAGAGCGAUAAAAACAAAACCUUCGUAAAAUGUUUUCGUUGCACCUACCUUUUGAAUGACCGAGAUGCAUGUUUCAUAAAAGAUGUGCUGACUUUAUUCUGAAUACCGUCUUAAAAACUACUGAAUCAAAUAGAUCCCCUUAUAUUUACUAAAAGGCAGUGAAGUUUUCCAUUAACAAUUCAUUCUUCAAAAAGCCUUUACAGCUUUAUAUUUACUGCAUCAAUAAAAACAGUUGUAAGACUU